AUGCCACCAGAAGGAAGCACGAGGCCUGGGAUACUGUUAAGUUGCCCAAGCCUAGACUGGGGAAGUCGAGAGGCAGAAAUCGGGUUCCAACUACGGACCUUCCGGCCACACACACCUACCAUCAGCCGUAAGCAUCACGGUCGUACGUGGGCUGGGAUACUGUCAGGGCACCCACACCCGGAGGGGAGGACGAUUAAGGUCCUCAGCCUGAGCCUUUGGCUCAAAAGCCUAACCGCAAGGCAUUUGUAUUCAAUACAAAUGCAUUACCGUUUCUACGGAACAGGCCACCACAUGUUCCAACCCCCAACCGGGAGGGCCAGGAGACUGUGUUCGUCAGACCUCUAA